AUGUCGAAGGACGCGAAAAGUAUGGUAUGGGACUACCUCGUGUUCUUCAUCUUUGUCAUAGCUAGUACAUUUGUGGCAGUUUACUCAAAAUUCUUCGGACCCAAAGAAAAAACGAAAGCAGACUACGUAUUUGCAGCUGGCAAAGUGUCAAUGGCGGCGAUGAUGCUGAGUAUAGCCAGAGGGACGCUGGGAGUGCGAUCGUUUUUAGGUUACCCUUCGGAACUAUUCUAUAGAGGAGCCACAAUGUGGGAAACCCUUUACGGCAUGGUCCUGGCCUAUCCUAUAGUUUGCUUCAUAUUCGUGCCGGUGUAUUUCAGCCUUGGAAUAACUUCAGUGUACCAAUAUUUGGAUAUGCGGUUCAAAUCUCGAUUGGUUAAACAGCUGGCUUCGGGAACUUAUAUUGUAAGAGCGCUUCUCAAUCAGGGAGUGACAGUUUUCACUCCUUGUGUUGCUCUUAACACUGUUAUUGGAAUUCCGUAUUGGCUUUCGAUCACUGGUAUUUCAGUAGUCAGCAUUAUUUUCAAUAUAUUGGGAGGUCUCAAAGCAGCCAUUUGGGCAGAUGUAAUGCAGGGCGUUACAAUGAUAGUAGUUAGUAUGGCAAUCAUAUUCCAAGGCUGCUUCGAAGCUGGCGGACCUCUAAAAGUCAUUCAAGUAAACAAAGAGGACGGAAGGCUAAACUUUUCAAGUGAGUACACAUUAUCUUGUUUACUUAUGCUGGCAGUCUCUUUUGCACUCGUUUAA